GAGAGGAAUCUGGCCCUAUCCUCGAAACUGGCAUUUAGGACACAAGCGACGUCGGGAUGGGGCGGCCCAGGCGCUCCCGGGGUCCUGUUCCGUACAGCAACAUGGCUGCGCCCAUGGACUAAGGAAGCGAGGGUUUCCUUUGGACCAGGUUUACAUGAGUGCUGUUUCCAUGGGGGAGAGUCUAGGAGGCAGCGUGACCUUUUCUGACGGACACUCACCUUUUAAGGACUAAGUGACUUGAACACUUGCAUGAUGUAGACUAGUGCCUCAAUCUGAGGACCGGAAACAGGACCGAGGAGGGCAAUGGAAGAAAGGAGGAUCAAACUGGGGAUCCAGAUCCAUCACUCUAAAAGCACCUUUGGCCAAGUUGGCUGAAAAAUUUGAAUGACCAACUCUAAAAUUAAAAGACAUUUAAAGUAUUGCAUUUAAUACUUAGAGGUGCUAUGUAUGUUUGUGUAUCAAACAUACUUGUGUAUAUGAAGUACAUCAUUGAAAUAUAGGACAUUAAAAACCUGAUUUUAAAAAUUCUUUUUUUUUUUUUUUUUUUUGUUGUUGUUGUUUCAACACUGGGUGUCAAACUCAGCACCCCCACACUGAGCUACGCUCCAAGCCCUACUUCUGAUUCUUGAUUCUCAGGGCUUUUUUUGUUUUUUUUUAAAGUAUGUCUGUGGUCCACCAUUUGCCACCUGGGUGGUUACUGGAUCAUCUUUCUUUCAUUAACAAGGUCAACUAUCAACUUCACCGUCAUCAAGAGCCUUCCUGCAGUAAGAAGAAGCCCACUUCUUCUGUCUACCUGGAUUCUCGUCAGAUGGAAGCCAUGUCUCCUUUUGGGGCUCCUGCUGUGGGCUUCGCUCCUGACUCUACUCCUGUGCCAGGCAAUGAGGACGGAGGAGGUUGUGAAAUGAUCACCCAGAAAUAUGUUUUCCGACCUGAGCUGUUUAAUGUCACCAAACCUCACAUAACUUCAGCUGUUCACAAAGAAUGCCAACAAAGUAACAGCCACGAGAAUUUAGUGUCUGGUAAUAAACAAGAAGUCUCCAUUUCUAUUGGGAAGAAACGUAAAAGAUGUCUGGUUUUCAAUCAAGGUGAAUUGGAUGCCAUAGAGUAUCACACAAAGAUCAGAGAGCUGAUUUUGGAUGGAUCUUCACAGUUGAUUCAAGAAGGUCUCAAAAGUGGUUUUCUAUAUCCACUUGUUGAAAAACAGGAUGGCAAUAGUGGCCGCAUUGCUUUACCACUUGAUGCUUGCAAUUUGUCAGAAUUCUGUGAGAUGGCAAAGCAGUGGCCUGCCUUGAAUGAAAUGGAGCUUCAGACGCUACGGUUGCCGGAAGAUGAUAUGUCUGUUACAGAGCUGGAUUUAUCUUCACAGGUCAUUGAAAACGGCUCUAGCUUUCCCAAAAUGAUUACUUUAAUGGGGCAGAAAUACCUGCUACCACCAAGAAGCAGCUUUCUUUUAUCUGACAUUUCUUGUAUGCAGCCGCUUCUGAACUGCGGUAAGACAUUUGAUGUCAUUGUGAUUGAUCCACCGUGGGAGAACAAAUCGGUUAAAAGAAGUAACAGGUACAGUUGCUUAUCACCACAGCAGAUAAAGCAAAUGCCUGUUCCUAAGCUGGCUGCUGCCGACUGUCUGGUUGUUACGUGGGUGACCAACAGGCAGAAGCACCUGUGUUUUGUGAAGGAGGAACUCUAUCCUUCAUGGUCUGUGGAAGUGGUUGCAGAAUGGUACUGGGUAAAAAUCACACGUUCAGGGGAGUUCGUGUUCCCAUUGGAUUCUCCACAUAAAAAGCCUUAUGAAUGUCUUGUACUGGGGAGAGUUCGAGAGAAAGCUGCUUUAGCAUUUAGGAACACAGAUAGACUACAUCAAGCCAGGUGGGCAGUGUUUGGAAUUGUUUGCUCGAAAUUUACAGCCAGGUUGGAUGAGUUGGGGCAACGAGGUCCUCAAGUUUCAGCACGUGGAUUACUUCAUUGCUCUGGAGUCUGGACGAUGACUGUAAAAGUUGUGCUGCCCUUUACUUCAGCUCCUUCAGACUCAUUUCUCCUUGUACCAGCCAGUGUGCUUAGACAUGUGGGCUUUAUACCAGUCAGUGUGCUUAGAAAUGGACCCAGACUUUGGCUUUCCAACCAGUGAUUGUCCUUCCUGUAUUUUGAGAUGAAUUCUACUUCAUUUGCACUAAUGUCCCACACCAUUCUGGAUUCUCUACAAUUAAAGAGGUAAGCAGUUAGUAGAAUGGCCUGCCUUUGCUACUGAACUAAUUCAGAAAGCAUGUACUGUGGACUCCAGGUCACAAGCUUGUCUAUGGAUAUUGUUUAUUUGGUGGUAUUAAAAAAUAAAUGGGGGGCUGGAGAGAUGGCUCAGAGGUUAAGAGCACUGGCUGCUCUUCCAGAGGUCCUUAGUUCAAUUCCCAGCAACCACAUGGUGGCUCACAACCA